AUGAGCGGUCAGAAAGGUCGUGUAGCCAAAGAAGUAGAGAUCUCUGAUCCAUUCGAUGUGAAAAAGCAUGUUCAUGUUACAUUAGAUUCAACAGGAACUUAUCAAAAUAUCCCACGUUCUAUGUUAUCUGCCAUUCCUAUUGCUUCGACAGGAACUAUAUUAGAUGAUAACAGUUAUGAUUCCAGCAUGCUUCCAGAGCAAAUAUCCAAGAACAAGUUAAGGAUUUCAAAGCCAACAGAUGUUGAACAUAAAAUUCAUGUUACAAUGGAUAGUGAAAAUGGAUUCGUUGGUCUCCCACCUGAAUUCGAAAAAUUGCUUAAGGGCAGUGGUAUCACAAAGGAAGAAGCCGUUGCACAUCCAGAAAACACUGUCAAUGUUCUUAAUUUCUUCAACAACAAUCAAGCAGUUUUGGACCAACAGCCAUCUGUUCCAGCAACACCUACAGUACUUCCACCGCUUGAAACUGUCGUUAAGAAUACAGAUCCAAGAUUUUUGCUCAUUGACAUGCAAAAACUUGAUGAAGGCAGUACCUGCACAGUAUACACAGCUAUGUAUCAUGGCAGAAAGGUUGCUGUCAAAGAAAUGCUUCUUAAUGAAAAGAAUGAAAAGAAUUUGCUCGAUGAAACAAGAUUAAUGUAUUCUAUGCAAGAUGACCAUAUCGUUAAAUUCUACGAUGCAUACAGAGUAGGCAACACACUCUGGAUCAUCAUGGAAUACAUGGAUGGAGGCGCAUUAACAAAUGUUGCCACAUUUUGCGACUGCCAAGAGCCACAUAUUGCCUAUUUCGCACGCGAUAUCCUUCUCGCCCUCAAAUACAUGCACGCACAGAACAAGAUUCACCGUGAUAUCAAGACUGAUAACGUUCUCCUUUCAGAAACAGGAAAAGUCAAACUUGCCGACUUCGGUUAUACUGCACAAUUGACAGCAACUGCCGAUAAGCGUAAAUCUAUUGUCGGAACACCUUAUUGGAUGGCUCCUGAAUUAAUUCAAGCUUUCCCUUAUGGUUUCGCCGUUGAUAUCUGGUCUCUCGGUAUCCUCUGCCGUGAACUCGCUGAAGGUGAACCACCGUACGUUACAGAACCUCCAAUGCGUGCACUUUUCCUCAUUGUUUCACGUGGUAUCCCAGAAAUCUCGAACAAGGAAGUCCGUUCACCGGAAUUCAUCGACUUCCUCAACCGCUGCUUGCAAAGAAACCCAGCAAUGCGUCCUUCAGCUGCAGAACUCCUCGAACACCCGUUCAUCAAGAUGGCCUGCGAACAGAAGUACAUUCCACCGCUGAUCGACCUCGCAAAGCAACUCUCUGCUCAGGAAGAGUUCGCUGACUUCUAA